AGAAUCGCCAUUAAUAACCCUGCCGACAUUUCGGUCAUUGUCAUCUACUUCUUAGUCGUCCUGGCGGUCGGCCUGUGGGCCAUGUAUUCAACAAACCGUGGCACUGUGGGGGGAUUCUUCCUCGCUGGCCGGAGUAUGGUGUGGUGGCCGAUUGGUGCCUCUUUAUUUGCCAGUAACAUUGGCAGCGGCCACUUUGUGGGACUGGCUGGCACAGGGGCGGCGGCAGGAAUUGCAAUUGGCGGCUUCGAGUGGAACGCCCUGGUGAUGGUGGUGAUUCUCGGCUGGUUGUUUGUGCCCAUCUACAUCAAGGCUGGGGUGGUGACUAUGCCAGAGUACCUGAAGAAGCGGUUUGGGGGAAAGCGGAUUCAGGUCUACCUCUCCAUCCUUUCCUUGUUCCUUUAUAUCUUCACCAAGAUCUCGGCAGAUAUAUUUUCUGGAGCAAUAUUUAUCCAAGUAGCCAUGAAGCUGAAUAUUUACUUGGCUAUCAUCAUAUUGCUUGCCAUUACAGCCCUCUAUACCAUUACAGGCGGACUUGCUGCGGUCAUCUAUACAGACACAUUGCAAACCUUGAUCAUGUUGGUGGGAUCCAUCAUUCUGGCAGUAUUUGCAUUUAAAGAAGUAGGAGGAUAUGAAGAAUUAAUGGACAAAUACAUGAAGGCCAUCCCGUCUGCUGUCUCUGAUGGAAAUAUGACCUUCCCUGAACAAUGCUACAGUCCCCGCCCAGAUGCCUUCCAGAUUUUCCGGGAUCCCAUCACUGGUGACCUUCCAUGGCCAGGACUCAUCUUUGGCUUGAGCAUCUUGGCUUUAUGGUACUGGUGCACAGAUCAGGUCAUUGUCCAGCGAUGCCUCUCGGGCAAGAAUAUGUCCCAUGUCAAGGCUGGCUGCAUCUUCUGUGGCUACAUGAAGCUGCUGCCUAUGUUCCUGAUGGUGAUGCCUGGCAUGAUCAGUCGGGUUCUAUACACAGAUGAGGUGGCGUGCGUCGUGCCAGACGUGUGCAGGAAAGCCUGUGGGACGCCCGUUGGUUGUACGAACGUUGCCUAUCCCACCAUGGUGGUAAAGCUAAUGCCGGACGGUCUACGAGGCCUGAUGCUGUCAGUCAUGCUGGCGUCUCUCAUGAGCUCCCUCACCUCCAUCUUCAACAGCGCCAGCACACUGUUCACGAUGGAUAUCUACACCAAGAUCCGUGCAGAAGCGAAAGAAAGAGAGCUUAUGAUUGUGGGCAGGGUCUUCAUCUUUGUGCUCAUCGGCAUCAGUAUCGCUUGGGUUCCCGUUGUGCAGUCGGCCCAGAACGGGCAGCUGUUCGACUACAUCCAGUCCAUCACCAGUUACCUUGGUCCACCCAUUGCAGCUGUCUUUUUCCUUGCCAUUUUCUGCAAGAGGGUCAAUGAACAAGGGGCCUUUUGGGGCCUGCUGAUUGGCCUGCUGAUCGGUCUCUCCCGGAUGAUUACAGAGUUUGCCUAUGGAACAGGCAGCUGCGCCCAGCCCAGCGACUGCCCGGACAUCAUCUGCAAAGUUCACUACUUGUACUUUGCCAUUAUCCUUUUCGUAAUCUCCGUCAUCAUAAUUUUGUCCGUCUCGUUCCUGACGAAGCCCAUCGAUGACGUGCACCUCUAUCGUCUCUGCUGGACCCUGCGCAACAACACGGAACAGCGCCUUGAUCUGGAUGCCGGGGAGACGCUGAAAGAAGAGCCGACCUAUCAAGAGGAAGAGGAAGCCGUCCUUGAGGCGGAGGUGGGCUGUUGCAAGAAGGCCUGCAACUGGUUCUGUGGCUUGGACCAGGGAGGCCCGCAGCUGAGCAAAGAGGAAGAGGAAGCCCUGCAGCAGAAACUGAUGGAUACGACAGAAGACCCCUUCUGGAGGCGUGUGGUCAACACUAACGCCAUCAUCUUGCUGGCUGUGGCUGUGUUUUGCCAUGGGUUCUUUGCAUAGACCCAGCAUGCACGGAUCUUUUCUUUCUUAAAUGAAGGUCUCAGGCACUGGAAUUACAUUGCAAAACUGUGAUUUCUAAGUUAUGUCCUCAUUAGACCUGAAACUUGUUUGUGUCAAUUAAGUUGAUUAACAGUUUAAUCAGAUUAGUUAAUUGAAAGGGUGACCAUGAAACCAAUUGAUGGGUGAAAGGCAUGAGUCCACAAUAUUCACUGGUCUGGCAUGAGGUCAGACAACUUGAAGACGCCUCUCUGCUGAUGGGGGGCAGGCCCCACAGAGGCGGAAUGGGUUGAUAGAGGCUCAAUGUUUCGUCGGCUGUUUUUGGACUCUAUUUUUUAUAAAGUGUGAUUAUUUAAAAUGCGUCUUUUCUGUGCUAUUUACAAUCUUGUGUCCCUCACCAUUUUUCCUCAUAAGUGAUAUGAUCUGUAAAGAAAAUUUGAUAAGUGAUUAUAUAGUUUGAAUCGAUCUGGUUUUAUUUUUGGAGGCAGAACCGUUUCAUUCGUUUUUCCUCUUACACCAUUUUUAGCAUUUGUUUUUCCACUCUAGAUUUGCUUUUCUUACUAUUUUCAGUUGUCUUAGAAUAUGAAUUGCAGGUGCUUGAAUUGUACUUCCAUUACCAAUGCAAUUGGAGCAACCUUGAAAUUAUUUGAAGGAUUGAUACCUUUUCCACGAAGCCACAGUCUACAGCUGACAUCGUAUGACUCUUUGUACAUUGAAUGUAUUGUAUAAUUGUGCAAAAAUAA